UGAAAAACUAGUAGCUUAUAGUUCGCAACCUUAUCUAAACGAACUUACAUUAGAUUACAUAAAUUCUCUCGCACAAAAUAGCCAUGUCCUACAGUUUUGGGCAGAUGUUGCCUAUUGCGAAGAAGAUAAUAAAAGUAGCAAAAAUGUUCAUAAUUUAAUGAAUUUUGUAUCUGGAAGAUUCCUCUUGGAACUUAAGUCAUGUGAUGAUUUAGUACAACUUGACGAUUUUAAGAAACUUGUGAAUAAUAUGAUAGAAGAGUAUCAUAAAGUUAUUAUACAAAAGACUCAAGAAGCACACAAAAAGAGGAUUAUUCAAAAAUGGAAAGAAAUAGCGGGAAAUAGUUCAUUAUUCUCUUCAAAUUCUUUUGACAUUUUUGAAGACAAAUUUAUUCAAAAAAACCUUCUUGAUUCUUUCUAUUUUAAGAAUGAGGAUUUUAACAAUCCAGAAACUUAUUCUAAAGAAAUUAUGUCAAAGAAAAAAUAUCAUAAAAAAGUUGAUAUUGCUAUUUCUUAUAUUUCUUAUCGUGUAGAAAAUGUGAUAAAUAAUGGAGUUCAAUAUGGAUAUUUUUAUCCUAUUUUGGGUGAAGCUAAGCCCCCAAACAUUAAUGGUGAUAAUGAUUAUAACAAACUCAAUCUAGCAUUAAAUGACAAUUUUGAUACAAUAAUCAAUCAUUAUUCUAAAAAAGUAAAAGAAAUUUCGGAUGAUUUAUUAGAUUUAUUUAGUGAUAUCAAACUUGGCGGAAUUCAUGUAACAGCUAAUAUUAGUUCUUCCAAGAUUCUUUCAAAGUUUGAAGAUCAACAAGCUGGAUAUAUAAUAGAUUUUUUGUAUUGUGUAAAGAUUGCCACAAACUCUACACGUGAUGAAUUCAAAAAAAAAAUGUCAAGAUUUGAAGAAUUUGUUUCUUUUUUCGAUGAAAUAAUUUAUGGAGAUGAUAUCGAAGUAAUGGAAUGCAGAAAUAAAUAUCAAGCAGUAAUGAACCGUAUGUCUUUGUCACCAAACAAAUACAUAGUCAUCGAAGAUUCUUCGUGUAGAAUAUACAAAGCCAUUGAACAGAAUUUAAAAGUAAUAUGGAUUCAAGACCAAAAAAUGAAAGAGUAUUUUGAUGAAAAUUACAAAGAUCUUUACGAUGAUAAGAAUAUGUAUAUUUUAAAAUUAUUAAAUGAAGUUUAUGUUAGAAAUUUAUUACAAUGA